AAAAAAGUUCAGAUAUGUUAUAGGUCAAUUCGGCUCAGUUAUCAAGACAUAGAUAGUUUUAUUAAAUUGUACAGGCGGAAAACACCAAAUAUUUAUAACCUUUAAUAGGAAUAUUAUUCUUUUAAAUAUUAUUUGUUCAAAAAUGUUCACUUUCUGCUUUUAAAACCGCUGCUGCUCGUUGUAUCUUAAAUUGUUGCCAUUUAAUUUGCCUAAAUUCAAUACUAUUAUGCUAUCAAUGCUAUUACUAUUUGUUGUUUCUAUUAUUCUAGUCAACUAGCUGUUGAUAAGUUUUUGGUUUAUCGUCAUUAUAUAUACAAAAUUUCAAACAACCCUACAAAAAGAAAUCCAGAACGAGGCGGGGUUCAGCCAGCAAAUAUAUGUAUCAAACUGAGCUCUAUGUAGCGAUGAGCCAGUCUAUAAUUGGAUAAAUUACACAACUCAUAUUCAUAGAUAAACCCUUCCUCGUUCGUUCAUAAAUAGUCUGCUGAAGUAAAUAUGUUCAGUAUCUUUUAUUCAUUCGAGUAAUGUGCGUUGUUUUACCUCAUAAAUUGUGUCAAGUAAAUUUGCAUCAAGUGGUUAUUUGUGAUCUAUCUAAAACUUUUGGAAAUAUGAAUAACGACAAUAUCGACGAAAAUAUUAUUUCGUUAUAUAAUGCUCAAAAGUGGGAAGAAAUCGCUGCUUUGUCUUCCACGACUGAUGAUUUUAGAACUUGCAAAUUAUCAUGGGUAUUGCCUGACAUAAAUGAUUUAUGCUGGAUAAAUGAAAUUGUACAAAAAUAUAAUUUAUCGGGAAUUGCAAGUAUUGGAUGUGGUUGUGGAUUACUAGAAUGGUUAUUGCAAAAAUAUUCAGGUUUAGAUAUCGUGGGAAUAGAAUUGGAUAGUUCAUGGUGGAAUAGCAAGUAUUCUCCACCACAAUUUCUGAAAAAUAUUAUUUUCGUUGAAAAUAAGUCGACAAAUUUUCUAGUGCCAAAGAAAUACGCUAUGUUAUUUUGCUAUUUUAACAACAGUACAGCGUUCCAUGAUUAUAUGAAAAAUUACAAAGGAAAUCUAAUUCUAGUCAUUGGACCUGAAGGAAAUAAUUACACGACUGAUCCACUACCAUUUGACAUAAAAUUUCAAAAAUAUAAUUGGAAGUUAACAAAGGUGAAAAAACUUGUGUAUUCCAAUAAUUAUAUUACUGCAUAUAGUAACAUGUAACAUUUAAAAUCACGAGUUUGAAGUGAUACAUAUUGUAUAAUUUUGUGUAAUUAUAAAAUAAUUUUUAAGCAAUCCAUGGGUCUGAUCUCCCUUUUAAUUGCAUUUUUUACAUUUUUCUCUGAUAGUAUUUUCGAUUGAAACAAUUUAAAGCAGGAAGCAAAUAUCGGUUGUAUGAGGGAGAAUUCACACUUUGAUAAAAAAGUAAAAGAACAACCAAUCAUAAUUCGCGCUGGUGGUCGAUAGUUUCUGCUUUAUCUGCUGUUUAUUACCAACGCGAGUUCUGAUUGGCUGCUGCUUUUCUGUCAAGGUGUGAAUUCUCCCUAGGAUGCAUUUCGACUCCCCCCCUCCCCCCCACCUAGGUACACCUCACACCUAGAGUGCGUUCAGAUUCUUUUCGAGUAAUCCUGUUGAACUUUAGGUGAGACGUUCACAUUCUCACUCUAUCCACUGGAGAGGGUGUAAAAGCCACACGGGUCUAUAAAGCGGGUCUACAAUGAAAAUUUAAGCUCUAAGCUUUAAAAAAUUGACUAAUCACAGUCGAUUAUUCUUCUCAUAUUCGACUGUGAUUGGUCAAUUUUAGCACCUAUUGUAGAUCGGAAUUGAGCCGGGUGAAAUGGAUGGUGAUGACGCAAUGCGCUCCAAAAUGUAUUGAUAAUGCCGAAUCAAUAGUUCAUAUUACCCAUAAUAGAUUUUAGUACUAAUAGCGAUUAUCGGAAUACUGCCUGGAGUCGACUCAAACCGAAUGAGCAAAUUUAAUUUCUUGCAAAAUUUAAAAUGCCAGGAAAUGUCAAUUUAAAAUGCUCGGAGAUUGUUUUAGAUGCCAAAAAGCAUGAAUUUAAAUCCGCAGUACAACGACAUAGUUAUUAUGAUAGAUGGAUAAUUAAUUAUUCGCAAUAAAGUCAGUAAAUAUUUGUAAUCUAACACACAUAUCACAAGAGAAAAUUAUUGGAGACUAUAAUUGGAGAUGUUCGUAUCCGAUUUUGUCUAUCACAAAAAAAUUGUCAAUAAAAAUUCUUUGUUAAUUCAUAGGUUACCUAAGAGAAAAGGAUAACCCGCUCCCUUAUCGCGUGAUAAAUUAUAGUAAUUUCAUCUUUAAUCUGUAAACUCGUUCAAAUACAAUCAUCCUUAGACCAAUGCAUAAGACACGGCGCGCAGGUUGAAAGGUUCAGUUCAGUCGAUUAAUCAAACGUCUAUAUUUAACCCCAACUCUUUCCGACACCGCACUCAUCGGAUUAUAUACGCCGUUACGUUACCGCAUGCCGAUAAAUCCGCGUCCGUACAAACAUAUACCUAUAAGCUUUUGAAUAUCCGUAUCUUCCUCCGAUAAUUAUACUCGUGAGUAAUCCAUGUCGCAAACGCUAUUUGCAAAUUCGUGCAAAAAUCCUAUAUCGAUACUACGGAAGAGCCAUCCCCCAGAGUAACCGCCGGCAUCCGGAGACGGUAACCAUCGAAUAAGGUAGCAGCCGAAGCAGCUCACGGUAAAUGCAACGUUUAUUAUUUAAUUAUUUAAAGGAGUAGUGUCACUUGCCCCGUUAGUUCAUAGAAAUCCGCCAUAUCCAUCGCGAUAUUUUCUAGAUCGCGCGUAUUCCUGGGGAAAAAUAUCGUGUUUCGCUUGACCCGAAAAAGCGAUCAUGUCCUAAAGUCCGAGUUCUACGUUCUUGUUCAGGCAGCCGUAGUCGGCCAGUGUAACAAUAGCUUUAAUGUAAUAAAUGCAUUUUAAUAUUCCUGCUAAUGAAACGUACUUCCGAUUCCUCUAAUGAUGACGGUUUGGUUGAUCCCUUAUUUGAAGGUCCCUAUCUACUGUUUACUACCCACGCGAGUUCUGGCUGUUUCUUUUCUGCUUUCUGCUUUUCUGUCAAGGUGCGGAUUCUUCCUUAGAGCUGUUGCCGCUAAGUUAUACCCGUUAAGGCUCCUGUUUUCACUUUGGAUAUAUUCUCUUUAGAUGUUCACGCAGUGUAAGCGCUCACGCUUAUAAGCGCUAUUUUCAGCUGUUCCUUUU